AUGCGGAUGUGACAUUUCAGAGAAGAGCGCGACCGCCAUUUUGAGAUUUACCUCGAGUCAACAUCACAAACCACGGGAGCGAGGCACAGGCUAUGACCGGGCAAAUUUCUCCAUAGAAUCAGACAUUUGAAAUGCGAAGAGGUGCCGUAUUUUGUCGUUCGGUAUAUUAAAGUGGUUUAAUGUGCGUAUGUUGGACCGUGGCAUCCCCCUCUUUGUAAACUUCUAAAUUAGUGCCAUUCCAAAUUAUAAGCUGGUUUGAAUGGAUAGCUUUUUUCUCCGCUCUCCCCCAGACGAGGGACAAUCGGAGGAGUACAUGGACUGGGGAUAUCGCAGAGAAAGUUAUUGAAUGUGCGACGAUAGCAAAUUAUUCUUUGGUUCCUUUAUUGUUGUACCGAUAUAAUUAGUUGGCUACCCAGCAUCGGGUAGCUUGCUAUAGCGGGGUCUUUUUUUUCUAUAGCUGCAGGUUGUGGUUCUCAAUUCGCCUCUAUUGCCCCACAUUUCUCGGCGUAACGUUAUAGCCGAUUCGUUUAUUUAGCGUGCUUCUGUUUUUGGAGCCCAAGCUAUCCCCAACCCCAGCGACUUGCACCCAUCAAGGCGCCGAGAUUGGGCGAAUAGCGAGCAAAUACGUCCGUGUUUCUCUGCCAGCUCCCCCGCCGACCUCCCCUCCUCAAUCACCGGCGCUGACAGCAGACAAGGCCGAGGUUGUGAUAGAGCAGGCCCAGCCGCCGAGGCUCGACCUGUCUACCUCACCUCUGCAUCAUACGACACCCAGCCCACAACAGACCAAAACCCGGUUCACCGCUGAACCGACCUCGAACAAGGUCGAGGGGAACGCAGAUAGGCGACACUUCAUCACAACAUCAGUGGCCAAUAUGAACCACCACCACCACACUCAGCAACAGCAGCAGAAAGCCGGCGAGCAACAGCUUAGCGAACCCGAGGAUAUGGAGAUGGAAGCUGGGGACACAGAUGACCCUCCAAGAAUCCCAGCCAACCCAGUGAUCAACGGCAACGUGGCCAUGGCCGAUGGACAAAACAACACGGAGGAAGACAUGGAAGACGAUACUAGCUGGCGGUCGGAAGCCACCUUUCGCUUUGUGGUGGAGCGCUUUAGCCGUCUCAGUGAGUCGGUGCUCAGCCCCUCCUGCUUUGUGCGCAACCUGCCCUGGAAGAUUAUGGUGAUGCCACGGUUCUACCCAGACCGGCCGCACCAGAAGAGUGUGGGCUUCUUCCUGCAGUGCAACGCUGAAUCCGAUUCGACGUUACUGACCUCUGAUUUGAUGGCCUCCAGGUCGUGGUCAUGUCACGCCCAGGCCAUGCUGAAGAUCAUCAACUAUAAAGACGAUGAGAAGUCGUUCAGCCGCAGGAUCAGCCACCUGUUCUUCCACAAGGAGAACGAUUGGGGCUUUUCCAACUUCAUGUCCUGGAGUGAUGUAACUGAUCCCGAGAGAGGCUUUGUUGAUGACGACAAAGUUUCCUUUGAGGUUUACGUCCAGGCGGAUGCCCCACAUGGAGUAGCCUGGGACUCAAAGAAACACACAGGCUACGUUGGACUGAAGAACCAGGGAGCUACCUGUUACAUGAACAGCCUGCUGCAAACACUGUUUUUCACCAACCAACUGCGGAGGGCAGUAUACAUGAUGCCCACAGAGGGUGACGACUCCUCCAAGAGUGUCCCCCUGGCACUGCAAAGGGUGUUCUACGAGCUCCAGCACAGUGACAAGCCAGUCGGCACCAAGAAACUCACCAAAUCCUUUGGGUGGGAGACCUUGGACAGCUUCAUGCAACACGACGUCCAGGAGCUCUGCAGAGUGCUCCUUGACAACGUGGAGAAUAAAAUGAAGGGCACCUGCGUGGAGGGAACCAUCCCAAAGCUCUUUCGAGGAAAGAUGGUGUCGUACAUCCAAUGUAAGCAUGUGGACUACCGAUCCGAGCGGAUAGAGGACUACUACGACAUCCAGCUCAGCAUCAAAGGAAAGAAAAACAUCUUUGAGUCUUUCAAGGACUAUGUGGCCACCGAGCAGUUGGAUGGGGACAACAAAUAUGAUGCAGGAGAGCAUGGAUUGCAGGAAGCUGAGAAGGGGGUCAAGUUCCUCACCUUCCCCCCCAUCCUUCACCUUCAGCUGAUGAGGUUCAUGUACGACCCCCAGACCGACCAAAACAUCAAGAUCAAUGACAGGUUUGAGUUCCCAGAGCAGCUCCCGUUGGACGAGUUCCUGCAGAAGACCGACUCAAAGGACCCGGCCAACUACAUCCUGCACGCCGUGCUGGUGCACAGCGGGGACAACCACGGGGGUCACUACGUCGUCUAUCUCAACCCCAAGGGAGACGGCAAAGUCAGCGUCAAGGAGCCAAUCUGGUGUAAGUUUGAUGACGACGUGGUGUCACGCUGCACCAAGGAGGAGGCCAUCGAGCACAACUACGGCGGCCAUGACGACGACCUCUCUGUGCGCCACUGCACCAACGCCUACAUGCUGGUGUACAUCCGGGAGUCCAAGCUCGGUGAGGUGCUCCUGCCUGUGACGGACGUGGACAUCCCCCAGCAGCUGGUGGAGCGUCUUCAGGAGGAGAAGAGGGUGGAGGCCCAGAAGAGGAAGGAGCGGCAGGAGGCCCAUCUCUACAUGCAGGUCCAGAUGGUGACGGAGGACCAGUUCUGCGGCCACCAGGGCAACGACAUGUACGACGAAGAGAAGGUCAAGUACACGAUCUUCAAGGUGCUGAAGAGCUCAACACUCCAGGAGUUUGUGCAGAAUCUCUCCCAGACUAUGGGGUUCCCCCAGGACCAGAUGAGGCUUUGGCCCAUGCAGGCCCGCAGCAACGGCACCAAGCGGCCCGCCAUGCUGGACUACGAGGCCGACUGCAACAAGUCGAUGAUUGACUUGAGCGACAACGAGAACCCGUGGACAAUAUUUUUGGAGACGGUGGACCCAGAAAUGGCUGCAAGUGGCGCAACGUUACCCAAGUUCGACAAAGACCAUGAUGUCAUGUUGUUCCUGAAGAUGUAUGAUCCUAAAACCAGAAGCUUAAAUUAUUGUGGACAUAUCUACACACCUAUAUCCUGCAAAAUAAGAGACCUGCUGCCCGUCAUGUGUGAGAGAGCAGGGUUUCAGCAGGAAACUAGCCUUAUCCUCUAUGAGGAAGUAAAGCCCAACCUAACGGAGCGGAUCCAGGACUACGACGUCUCUCUGGACAAGGCCCUGGAUGAGCUCAUGGAUGGGGACAUCAUUGUCUUCCAGAAAGUCCCGUCUCCAGAGGCAGCGCUACGUUCUCCAGGGCCUUUGACACAUGAACCACUUCUACCCAGGGACGACCCGGAGAACGACAGCAGCGAGCUACCCACCGCCAAGGACUACUUCCGGGACCUCUACCACCGCGUGGACGUCAUCUUCUGUGACAAGACCAUCCACAACGACCCCGGCUUCGUGGUCACGCUCUCCAACCGCAUGAACUACUUUCAGGUGGCCAAGACGGUGGCCCAGCGGCUGAACACAGACGCCAUGCUGCUGCAGUUCUUCAAGUCCCAGGGGUACAGGGACGGCCCCGGGAACCCGCUCAGGCACAACUACGAGGGCACGCUGCGCGACCUGCUGCAGUUCUUCAAGCCCCGGCAGCCCAAGAAACUCUACUACCAGCAGUUAAAGAUGAAGAUCACAGACUUUGAGAACAGGAGGAGUUUCAAGUCCAUAUGGCUCAACAGCCAGUUCAGAGAGGAGGAGAUCACCCUGUACCCGGACAAGCACGGCUGCGUGCGGGACCUGCUGGACGAAUGUAAGAAGGCGGUCGAGCUCUCCGACAAAGGCUCAGAGAAGCUCAGGCUGCUGGAGAUAGUAAGCUAUAAAAUCAUCGGCGUCCACCAGGAAGACGAGCUGCUAGAAUGUUUAUCCCCGGCCGCCAGCCGCACCUUCAGAAUAGAGGAGCUUCCCAUGGACCAGGUGGACCUGGACAAGGACAGCGAGAUGCUGAUCCCCGUCGCCCACUUCCACAAGGAGGUCUUCGGCACCUUCGGGAUCCCGUUCCUGCUAAAGAUCCGACAGGGAGAGUCCUUCAGAGACGUGAUGAGGCGGAUCCAGACCAUGUUGGACAUCCAGGAGAAGGAGUUUGAAAAGGUUUGUAGCACAACGUUGGAACCCAACGACGAGGUUCUGCCGGGUGCGGUUCAUUAUUUACGUACGUGUGGAUCUGUGUUUAUGUGUGUUUUAUGUGCAGUUCAAGUUUGCUAUUGUUAUGAUGGGCCGGCAUCAGUACAUCACAGAGGACGAGUACGAGGUCAACCUGAAGGACUUCGAGCCACAACCAGGUACGCACUCUCACACACACGGGGCUCAUGUCACAACCAGGUACGCACUCUCACACACACGGGGCUCAUGUCACAUUGAAUCACACGGCCUGCCGAUGUUGGAGACGGGAACGAUGUCCUAAUGCGUGAACACGUUUACAGGCAACAUGUCCCACCCGCGGCCCUGGCUCGGCCUGGACCACUUCAACAAAGCGCCAAAGAGAGGCCGCUACACCUACCUGGAGAAGGCCAUCAAGAUCCACAACUAAAGCAACCCCCCCACCUAACUCUUCAUCAACGUGCGCCGCUAUUCCACCUCUCACACACGCAUACACACACACAACACACAUACACACACGCAUAAAUAUACACACACACUUACACUAGAGUGUUCUGCGUGUGGACCCACCAUCUGUUGCCCCCUCCCCCCGCACCGCCACGCCCACUCGUCGUCCACAGAUAUGGAUCCCGCUGUAAGGGUUCCCCCUCCUUUUCCGUUCUGACUCGCCUUCUUUUCUUUCUGAAUGGCUGCUCUGCUUCACUCUCAUAGCUCCUCCUCCUCCCCUUUGUUGGGUUUUCUCGUAUCUAGAAUUGGCAGAUUUUAAAAAACCACACGAAAUGUACAAAAUGAAAAAAAAAAAAAAAUCACACAGGCGAGGGGAGAAUUUUGAAACUUCUAAACUUUCAAUUAGUUGAGCUUUUGUUCUUCCUGGUCUCAUCCAGUCCCCUGCACCCCACAACCUCCUCGGGCCCCCUCCCCACCGUGCCCCCUCCCCACCGUGCCCCCUCAGGUUCUCUGGGCGGGAGGGCGACGGCGCGGGGGAGACGAGUGCUGCUCGGGACGGCUCCUGAGACCUGGCGGGGGGUAGUUUCCCCCUUUUUGUUUCAACUGGGGCUCCUCACUUUUGUUUCGCCCACCAACUGGAUUUCCGUCUCCCCCCCCCCCCCACGACACACCAAUCCUGCAAUUGUCAACGUAAGAGUAACUCGACACGCAUUCAAAAAUGAAACAUCUCAAUGUUUUCCGUUCAUGCCUAAUCUCGGUUGGAUGAAAAGUAGAAGCAUCUACUUUUGGUUGUCUUUUUGGAUGGUUUUAUGUCAAAUUCCACAGCGUUUGAAAAAUAAAUAAAAUAAAAGGAACAUUAUUGAAGGAAUCGUCUGUAAUUCAGCUUGCACGUUAGCACUUAACGUCAACGGUCUGCAUUUCUCAGGACUGGUAAAUGUGAACUUUUCGGUGGCCGUUUCAUUGCACCUUCUAAGGAACCCCGUAUUCUGUCCCUUUCCCUUCAACCCCCCCUCCACCCCAACCACCUUCCACCAUUCUCCACCUAGGGCAUAAGCCAGUCAUGUAUGCGUUCAUAUACAUAUAACCCGUUCCUCCUUGCUCCCCCCCCCUCUUUUCCUUGUUAAGUGCAAGUGAGUACUGUCACCGCCCAGUGGUUGAAAGCGGCCACUGCGCUGUGCUUUGUAGGGAGCUGCAGGCAUUUAGACCCCGCUGGUUUGAGGAUCGUUUAGAGAAAAAACCAGCAUUGUUAGAAAAACACUUAAAGCCCUUUUUGAUUGUUUUCUUUUCCCUCGUUUUAUUUUGUUGGUUUUUAUUUUCACAGCAACGAAGGAAUGCCCCCAUAGCGCGUAGUUGGCUCUGUAAAGACGACAUUUAAGAAUUGUAUAUUUAAAAAUAUGGACGUGUAAAAUUUAAAGAGGCACAAACGCUUUCGUUGUUGGGUACAAAUGGAGCCGGGUGUUCAUAUUUCUUGUGUGGGAUUUUAUUUUUGAGUUCCUGGAAAUUUCCAUUGAAAGAUUUUUUGUUGGGUUUUUUUCUUCUAAACAACUUGCAUUGGUUUUAAAUGCAGUACAAAGUUGACCUGCAUAUUCUCAACUUAAUUUGAUCUUUUCCGGUAAAAAAAAAAAAUCCUCAGUGUAGCAGCAGACUAUUCCUGUAUAUUGCCUUUUUGCUGGAAAUGUAUGUUGAAUAAAAUUUUCUAUAAAAACAAA